AUGUGGGCAAGCACACUCCUCCCACUCUUCUUGAUAUCACAGGCUCUCGCCUCCAUCGGUCCUGUUGCCAACCUUCAUAUCACCAAUACACAGCUUUCUCCCGAUGGUUUCACGCGCGAUACUGUUGUUGCUGAAAGUGUUUAUCCUGGCCCAUUGAUUGUUGGCAACAUGGGAGACAACUUCCGCAUCAAUGUCACAGACCAGUUAUCAGAUGGAAAUAUGCUGAAGAGCACUUCAAUUCACUGGCACGGACUUUUCCAGCACAAUACCAACCAAUACGACGGUGCUGCCUUUGUGAAUCAGUGCCCUAUCGCUCCCAACAACUCUUUCCUGUAUGAUUUCAGCGUCCCAGGUCAAGCCGGCACCUUCUGGUACCACUCGCAUCUAGCCACUCAGUACUGCGACGGCUUGAGGGGACCUCUCGUCAUCUAUGACACGAAUGACCCGCACGCUAGUUUGUAUGAUAUUGAUGAUGAAUCCACCAUCAUUACAUUGUCAGACUGGUAUCAUGAAUUCGCCCCUUCCGCAGGACUUGUACCAACUUCUGAUGCGACCCUGAUCAAUGGCUUGGGCCGCUAUGUUGAUGGACCGUCGUCUCCUCUUGCAAUAGUCAACGUGACGUCUGGGAAGCGGUCAGCCCUCCUGUUUCAAGAGGCGUAUACCAUGAAUACUGAUGCUUCUUCAUCUGAUAGGUACCGAUUCAGGUUGAUCAGUAUUUCUUGUGACCCCAACUUCGUGUUUUCAAUUGACGGCCAUAACUUGACCGUCAUUGAAUCUGACGGUAUCAACACGCAACCACUUGUUGUCGACUCUAUUCAGAUCUAUGCCAGCCAGCGGUAUUCCAUCAUUCUGGAAGCGAACCAGACGGUUGGGAACUACUGGAUCCGGGCGCAGCCGAACCUUGGGACGACAUCGUUUGACGGCGGUCUCAACAUGGCCAUUCUUCGUUAUGCCGGCGCGGCUAUCGCCGAUCCGACGACGAACCAAACCACCAGUGUCAUCCCCCUCAACGAAACAAAUGUUCACCACUGUUCCAUUCAGCCCCUUGCCAGCCUGACUGUCCCUGGCACCCCGCAAAGAGGCGGGGCUGAUAUUCUCAUCAAUCUGGAUGUUAUAUUCAAUGCGACGCUUCUGGAGUUCACCGUCAACAACGUGCCUUUCUUGCCCCCCACCGUCCCUGUCCUCCUCCAGAUUCUCAGCGGCGCGCAGAAAGCCUCGGAUCUUCUUCCCACUGGGUCCGUCUAUGGUCUGGCAUCCAACAAGUCGGUCGAGAUUUCUAUCCCUGGUGGAGCUGUCGGCGGUGGACACCCUAUCCACUUGCAUGGCCAUGCCUUCGACGUUAUUCGUAGCGCAGGCAGUACAUCCUACAAUUACGUCAACCCGAUCCGCCGCGACACAGUAAACAUCGGUACUACUGGCGACAACGUCACGAUUCGCUUCCAGACAGAUAACCCCGGGCCUUGGUUCUUGCACUGUCACAUUGACUGGCAUCUUGAAGCCGGUUUUGCUGUCGUCAUGGCGGAAGGCGUUACAGAGACUAACACCGCGGAUGUUGUAACAGCCGAUUGGAACAACCUGUGCCCUAUCUACGACGCGCUUGACUCUUCUGACCACUAG